GCUGUUGGUUCUGGAAAACCCAGGAGUCAGAGACAUCCUCGGCAGCACCUACCGACGGGUGGAUCUGAAGCUGGGCCACUCAGCAGGCACAUCGGUCACGGGCUCGAGAUUGCAGCAGCUCAAGCAGACGCUGAUGGAGGGACUUCGUCCCGGUUCUGGCGAUGGCUUCUGCCUGGAGCGCUUCCAGGGCGGACCUGCUUCAUUGGAAUCUGCAGAUCCGCUUCUGGAUGUUGGUGGAGACAUGCUGAAAAGCGAGGCAAUCCGACACAAGGCGCGGAAAGCCAUGUUGCAGCGACUGCCCGGUCCAGAUGUGCUAAUGUACUUCGUGGAUUUGCAGAAGCUGAGCUCGUCAACGCCAGGUGAGUCGGCGAUCAUGACCGAGAAGCUUUUGAGCCAGUUGGUUCUUCGCCUGGCGGGCCUCGCAGUGGCUUGCCGUAGGGCUCCGGCACCGCAGCUCUGGCUCGGAACAUCUUUGGCCCUGUCGUUGGACACGGGCGCUAGCGUUGUGCCCCCGCAGGCCACUGUGAAGCUGUUCGGCUGGGGGCAGGCCCAGCUUUGCCUCG